AUGAGGCUCUCAAAUUCAAUAUUGCGGCAGUCAAGAGUGCUGCCGUCGAAGUUAUAUGCGCAACGAACCUUUUCGACCAGCCCCCAAUGGCUGCAACGAACUCUCCCGGUCUUCGAAGAGUCAUCAUCACCGGAACUCCAUAACCUCCUCCAACUCGCUCGGGAGAAGAUCAUCCCCAUCGCGGCCCUGAAUAUGGACCAAAAGAAAUACCUCUUCUCGCCCCGGAACAAAACCACUCUCGAGAGCGAUCCGCUAUACAUUGAAUUUGCCAACGAUGAAGCGGUCCAAUUAGGAUACACCAACCCUCUCACCGACCUCCCGGGCAAGUUUCGCCUGUUCAACGAAGCGACGGAUCUAGCUACGACGAAAGAAGACUGGCAGAAUGUGUCCAGGCUGCUCAAGGGGAUCGCACAAGGGGAGCGCCUCCAGGCCAAGCUCCAGGAGCGGUACAUCCGACUAGGCAUCCAAGCCGGCCAUCCAUCCAUCGUCCUAGGCACCGUGGAGGCGGUCGAGGGCUCGAAAGUGUCGUUGAAAGUCGGGGAGAACCUUCUCUACCUGCUCGAAGGGUUGCGGAAGUACGGGUUCUGGUCGGCGGAGGAUCCGGAGGAGGCGUCGGCAUGGCUCGUGGGCGCAUACACGCGGGUGAUCACCAUGAUGGAACAUCGGAAGCAUUGUGGAGCGAAGAAUAUUGCGAAGGACGAUUUGCGGCGGCAACCGUGGGUGUUGGCCCCGUUGGUAGAGAUCCUGGGUCUCCGACUCAAAGCAGGAUGGGACAGUGCUGAGAAGAGCGCGUUUGGGUUGUAUGCGGCUAGGCUGGUCGAUAUGUUGGAUGUGGAAGCGAUUGAGAAUGCCAGCAGCUUGCCGGAUAUUGAUCUCUCCAUUCCGAAGAACCGAGCUGUUGCAAAGCGGCUAUUACUCCGCUGGGAGCCCGUCUACUCGGCUUUGGAGCUGAUCCAAGAAUUUCAACCACAAGGCGUUCAAUUAGAAUCCGUCCCACUUUCGCGCCUCAUCGAGAGCCUCUCCACGAAUCUCGACAGGACACUUGCCCGUAGCAAGGAGGUUGCCUCGCGAACCGUCGAGCGCGAUCCACCUGCGUCAUGGUUGAGCCCUGAAGUGGUUCGAUGGACUCGAUAUACUACGCUUGGUCGAAAUAUUAGUGACGCAGAAAUGCCGACCACCGCAGCGCGAGACUCGGUUCUCGGUUUCUCCGAAUAA